CCUGCUAUUGAUUUGCCUGUGAAGAAACCUCGGAAACGUAUCCGAUACAGAAAAGCAACCGGUAGGCUGUCUGAAAAUCGGAAGAGGCGUAAACGGUUAAGACUUGCUGGCAGGAUCAAGAAGGAAAAGCACCUGUCCUCUCGGGAAGCUUCAAAUUCGGAGGGUGAAAGUAAUGAUGUUGGUGCAGCCAGUCCAAGUGACACAGCUGAGGAGGGACUAGAUCAGGAACAUGGAGGAUCUUCUAAGAAGAGCUUUGAGAGAGGUGGAGGGGGAGCAGCCAUGAAAGAGAAUGUGUGCCAGGUCUGUGAAAAACCAGGGGAACUGCUGCUGUGUGAGGCUCAGUGUUGUGGAGCAUUUCACUUGGGGUGCCUUGGUAUGCGUGACAUGCCUCGGGGAAAGUUCAUCUGUAGUGAGUGUUCUUCAGGUGUCCAUUCAUGCUUUGUGUGCAAAACCUCUGAUUCUGGGGUGAAACGCUGCUCUCUAGCUCUGUGCGGGAAGUAUUAUCAUGAAAACUGUGCUUUUAAUUAUCCCCCCACUUUACAGCUUAAUAAAGGCUUCCGCUGUUCUUUGCAUGUGUGCAUCACCUGCCAUGCCAACAAUCCCAGCAACCCAUCAGCUUCUAAAGGUCGAUUGAUGAGAUGUGUCCGUUGCCCGGUUGCAUAUCAUGCCAACGAUUUUUGUGUGGCUGCAGGAACAGUUACCCUUGCUUCUAAUAGCAUUAUUUGCCCCAACCACUUUACUCCACGUAGGGGAUGCAAGAACCACGAGCAUAUCAAUGUUAGCUGGUGCUUUGUGUGCUCUGAGGGUGGAAGUCUCCUUUGUUGUGAAUCUUGUCCAGCUGCUUUUCACCGAGAGUGUCUUAACAUCGAAAUGCCAGAGGGAAACUGGUUCUGCAAUGACUGUAAAGCUGGCAAAAAACCUCAUUAUAAGGAAGUGGUGUGGGUAAAGGUUGGAAGAUACAGGUGGUGGCCAGCUGAGGUUUGCCAUCCAAAGAGCAUUCCUACAAACAUCACGAAGAUGAAGCAUGACAUUGGAGAGUUUCCGGUUUUGUUUUUUGGGUCAAAGGACUAUUUGUGGACCCAUCAGGCCAGAGUGUUUCCAUAUAUGGAAGGAGAUGCCCUCAAUAAAGAUAAAAUGAGCAAAGGGGUUGAUGCAGUCUACAAAAAGGGUAUCUCAUAUAUGAUUUCUCGUGGUUUGUAGAUCGUGACACCAGAUAUACAUUCCUUGCCUUCUAA